AUGCAAAACAUCACAAACAUAUUUAACUUACCUUUUUUGUAUAUUUGUCUAAUUGGAAGUACAGUCUAUUGUUUAUGGUAUCUGGACAAAAAAAGGGUUUUAGACCCGAAUUACCACACGAACGUAAAGAAUACUAGACAGUCCGCCGCAUUGGCGAAAUCAAACGCAUUUGGAUCGCAGUCCUUGACGUUCCCCUCGCCCUAUGACCUGGCUGGGAGAUUAAAAUUCGCGCUGUGCAAAAUCAAACAUGCUGAACAGUGCGCGGAGGCCGCAAUCGGUGACGGAGCCUAUUUGUGUCGUGGAAGCUGCAAAGGACAGGCAGCCGACAUUGGCUGCAGAGAAGAAGCGGCCGUCUGCGUUGCCGAAGCUUUGUACGUGUUGAGCUAUAAAGAGGCCGAAGUGAUGUUGGCACACGCUAAGUCUACACUACCACUGGAAACUUACAGUUUGGUGUGCGACAAGUACGCCAAACUUAAAAAAAAAUGA